CGCACAAGAUGGCGGCGCCCAGCGGAGUGGAGGCCGCGCCUGCCGUUUGCUGCGGCUGACUAUCUUUCCGACUGCCCCUUUGGGCGCAAAGCCCCUCGAGCCCGGAGGACGGGGGCCGGGCGGGGACAGGGGCAUCUGCAAAGCUGGACCGCGAGCCCGCGCCCAGCCUGCGCUGCCCCCACCCGGCCCGGCCCGGCCCGAACCCAUCCGUUCCGGGUCUGCUCUGGGUCUGCCCCACUGCCUGGCUGUGGUGCGCUGCCACCUGGUCGCCAAAGCUGAGGUCUCUCCAUCCCGCGCUCACCUCCACUUCAGAGAUGUUUGACCUUCCUCCUAAACAGCUCGCCUUGAAAACCGGGACUCUUGGACGGGUACCUGGCCCGCUUUAUCUCCACUGAGACUGUAAUUCCUUCUAACGCUCUUCUUCCUCAGAUUCUUGAUUCUCCCAGGGUCAGAGACUGUUCACGUCCAUUCCAGAUUAAUCCCCGACCUCCCAAGAUAUUGACAACCUUGACACACCUGUUAACCCAGAGCUAGACUUCUUUUGGACUAGCCUCCUUAGUGCUGCCAUGGAGGCUGUAUAUCUGGUAGUGAAUGGGGUCGGCCUGGUGCUGGACGUGCUGACGGUGGUGUUGGAUCUCAACUUCCUGCUGGUGUCCUCUCUGCUGGCUUCUGUGGCCUGGCUCUUGGCCUUCAUCUACAACCUGCCACACACGGUACUGACUAGUCUUCUGCACUUGGGCCGUGGAGUCCUGCUUUCACUGUUGGCCUUGAUCGAAGCCUUGGUCCGGUUCACCUUUGGGGGAUUGCAAGCCUUGUGUACCCUGCUAUACAGCUGCUGCUCUGGCCUGGAGAGCCUAAAGCUCCUGGGACACUUGGCCUCUCAUGGGGCUCUGCGGAGCCGGGAGAUACUGCACCGGGGAGUCUUCAAUGUGGUCUCCAGUGGCCAUGCUUUGCUGCGCCAGGCUUGUGACAUUUGUGCCAUUGCCAUGAGUCUGGUGGCCUAUGUGGUCAACAGCCUGGUCAACAUCUUUCUCAUUGGCACUCAGAACCUCUUCUCCCUGGUGCUGGCCCUGUGGGAUGCAGUGAUGGGGCCACUGUGGAGAAUGACGGAUGUGGUGGCUGCCUUUGUAGCCCACAUUUCCAGCAGUGCUGUAGCCAUGGCCAUCCUCCUGUGGACCCCCUGCCAACUGGCACUGGAGCUCCUGGCCUCAGCUGCCCGCCUUCUAGCCAGCUUUGUGCUUGUCAAUCUUACUGGCCUGGUGCUGCUGGCUUGUGUGCUGGUAGUGAUAGUGUCUGUGUUACACCCGGAUCUCACCCUGAGGCUGGGCACCCGGGCACUUGGUCAGCUUUAUGCUGGGCCAUCCUACCAUCGGCUCCGAGAGGAUGUUGUGCGACUUUCUCGUCUAGCACUGGACUUGGAGGCCUGGCGGAGAGUCUGGAGCCGCAGCCUGCAGCUGGCAAGCUGGCAGAACUGGGGAGGGCCACCUGGGGCUCCCCAGGGUGUUCCUAGGAGGAUGCCUUCUGCCAGGACCUGGCGACAGGACACUCCUCCAGAGGCGGUGCCAGGACUGGAGACAGGGGAGGAGAUCAGGAUGGCUAGAGCAACAUCUUCCCGGGGUCGGGAGAGUUUAAAUGAGGAGGAGCCUACCCCUGGACAAGACCCAUGGAAGUUGCUGAAGGAGCAAGAGGAGCGGAAAAAGUGCGUCAUCUGCCAGGACCAGAGCAAGACGGUGCUGCUUUUGCCCUGUAGGCACCUAUGCCUGUGCCAGGCCUGCACUGAAAUCCUGAUGCGCCACCCCAUCUACCACCGCAACUGCCCACUCUGCCGCCGGGGCAUCCUGCAGACGCUCAAUGUCUACCUCUGAAGAGUCCCUUCCUGCUUGCCCAGCCCUCCAUGCUCCCCACAUCUGCCUGUGCUAGGACAGCAUUAACACCUGAUCUGCAAGUCCUGGACUGAAUCUCUUCCUGCCCCAUGACUGUCAGGCCAAGCCUCCAAGCCAUACAUCCAGGACAUUGAGAUGGGAUACUCGGGAAGAAUAUUGACCUGAGUGGGGGCAAGGAAGCAGCUUCUCCUUACCCACUGGAGCCCUGUGAUGUCGAGGGUGGUGAGUGUGUCACUAUGCAAGGCCCUGAGACUGUUCACUGUGGACUCUUCUCCAACCUGCCAGGGCCCACCCAGAUGCCAGCCUCUGGGGCACCCCCUCUCUGCUUCUAGGUUUUUUUUUUUUGGUAUUUUCAGGUCCUCUGCCUGAUCCCUUCUCACUUCCUCCCCAGCUUUUGCAGCCACCACACAUCAGUGUCAUUUGGGUGUUUUGGCAACUCAAGGGCCUUAGGAUGAUCUUGAAUCUUUGUUUUUAGGGGAGCCCCUGUGCCCUGGUAGACUUGGGGGGGUAGUAUCUCUCAGGUGCCCUUAGAGCUACCACUCUGCUUGAUCUGAUGAGCCUCUCUCCCAACCUGAUCCAAGAGUUGGGAUCAAGAGUUUACCCCUUGGGGUGUGGGCGUUGGGGGAUGUGUGUGUGUGUGUGCGCGUGCGCACGCUCGACUUUGGGACCAUGUACCCUCUGGCUCUCCAGUUUCACUGGGAACCUCAGGAGGGAUAACCAGAUUUUUACUCAUACCCCUUUUAUCCCCCACAUCACAGAAAAAAAAAUAGCAUUCCCCUUCUGUUUGUCCCUCCAGCAUUGGGGAGGGCAGACUGUGCACAUUUCACUAGGGUCCAAACACAGAAGGGACCAGGACCUGGGGGCAAGCAGCUCCCUAAGGGGUCAGUCUGGCCCAGUUUCCAGUGAAUAAAGUUCCCUUCACAGCUUUGACAGCCUCUGUGUGCAUCCUGGCAAAGGGGAGCAGUUGGUUAGGGAACUGAUGCUGCGGCAGGGUUCUUAGUCCUGCCGGGGUCAUAGUGGGGGUAGAGGAAGAUAGGGUGGGAGUCCUGUGCCUGGGGGAGAGCCACGCCAGGUGUGGCAGGAUUACCUUUCACCCCCACCUAUUUGUAACCUCUUACAUGGCUUUUGGAAAGCCCUCCCUGUUUUUUCAGUUUUUGCCAUAAUUAAGCCCUAGUGUAGAGAAGACUGUGAACUUUCUUACCUCUGAGUCAGCCUUCCCAGCUUUUCCUUUGGUGUCACUCUUCCCAGGAGGGAACUUGGGGUUCCUGCUGCCUGGGGUCCAGUCUAAUCCUCUGAUCCCUGGAGGAGUGGCGCUUGUCUGUUUCUUGGUGUAGAAUAGUGCUGUGAUGGGCUGGAAUGUGGCUGCAGAUCCUCCCGGUGAAGAGCCAAAUACUGAAGCCCAGGAUACCUCAGGCCUGUCUCUAGCUCAUUACCUGGCCCCAUUGGUCAUAUAGAUGGGGACACUCCCCCAUAAUUGUAUGUUAAAUCUAGAAGCCAAAUGCCUGGUAUUGCCUGGGGGUGGGAGGCUGCGGGAAUAAGAGGGAAAAGGGGUAAGUCUGGAAGAAAUUGGAGAGAGAUUCCUGCACUUUGUCUUGGGAGGCUGAGCUGAUUAUGGGAUUGGCGGGCUCUGGUUUAUUAGUCACUGGGGUGGGAGUAAUCAGAGGAGGGGAGCCUUGAAGGGACUUUGUGGCUAGCCUCAGACUUGGUGGCUCGGCCCACCCGUUCUAUGCCCAGCAUAGUGGGGGAGGAGUUCCCUCACAUGCAAGUAGGAGUGGGGAGGCCAAAAGGGAACGUUUCUUCCCUUCCCCCAACCCUGGAGAGGGAGCUGAGCAAGGGGAGGCUUGUCUCCUUCCAGUCUAUUUAAUGUGAGGAUAAACAUCUUUAUGAGUGAAAAUAAACUUCCUGAGCUGGAGCAAAGGACCGCUUUUUCUCCACCCCCAUCUGAAUUCCACUGGCAAACCUCAAUACCAUUCCUCCCCUUCUUUUGUUAUUUUUUUAAAAAGAUUUUAUUUAUUUAUGCAUACAAGAGCUGGGGUACAGGCCAGAGGUGUGGGGGGUGAGAGGAUUCACCAGAGACAAAGUGGGGAACAGAACAGGCAGACUGACAGAAAUACACUGCUGAGAGGAGCAGCUGGGAGAGCCAGGAGAGGUCUGCUGUGCCAUGUGGGUUGCAUGUGAGUUCCUGGCUUGCAUGUGAGUUCCCGGCCUGCCUGCAUGCGUGUUCCCGGCCUGCAUGCGGGUUCCCGGCUGGGGAUUGAACUCAUGCUGCAAAGGCUGCGGAUUGCUUCAUAAUGCGGUGCUUAACCCCUUGCGUCACCAGGAAGGCCCCCCAUUCCUCCCCUUCUAUACCCCAAUAGUCAGGUGCCCUAGCUAGGCGGUCAUUGCAGCAUUCCGGAGCUGGUGCGCCCCCUGGUGGUCAUCUAAGAACCGACUUCUUUAGACGCCCAAGACACUCCACUCCUCUGGCAUGGGGAACAGAAACAGCUUUGUGGUCAUCCAGGGAACCAGGCAAGCAGCCAGGACAGUCAUGAAUGAGAAUCCUGGACUCCCUUUUGUGGAUAAGGUCAGAGGUUUGUGUGGUGAAGGUACCUGCCAUCCAGUUCAUAUGACAUCUAUGAGUUAGAAAAAGAUAUUCCUUCCUCUGGGUAGCCGGAGCCUUAGGCCAGAAGGGCACCCUUUUCAGCCAGGUGUUGCUGUUCACAACCUACGUAACUUAGGUGGCAGCUCUGUGGAGCACUGUCAUUCACCUUGGUCUACUCCUUAGCUCCAACCAGCCCAAGAUCCUCUCUGCCUCUUCCCCCAUCCUUAUCCCCUCUCCCUAACUCUCAAGGUAUUAUCCCCAUCAUUAGAAGAAAGGCUGAAUCCAGUAGCAGGGUUUUUAGAUUUAUUGAAUGAUCUCUGAGAAAGGACCUAGGAACAGAAGGGACAAAGGGGGACCCAGAGAAGAAGACAGGAAAAAAGCACCCUGCUUUGGGAUCCUGGACUGGGGUAACUGGGAUUCCCACAGCUGCCAGCACAGUGCGCUCCUUUGGUCCUGGGCAGAAAUCCAGCUCCUGCCCCGCUGCCAACCCCAUUCUCAGCCUCUGUCCUGUUCCCUGGAACAGCAGGAUGGAGAGGCCCCACCCUACCCUGUAGUGAUUCACAACAUUCCAGGGGAGCCAGCCCUCCCAGAUAAUGUUACUGUCAAUAUCAUGCCCUUCUCCCCUACGGGUGAGAGUAGAGCUCACUUUACAGUGUGUGUCAAGCAAAGACAGGGGAGUUAUGCCAAUCAGAAUAUACCAGAAAUCCAGAGAAUGUGCUAUCUGUCUUGAUGCUAGCAUAAAUGCCAAUGUAAUCACCCACGCCGACCUGUACCCACACCUGGUCCUCUGGCUCCAACCUCACCAUGGCACCCCCAGAGAGCGAGGUUGGCUUGGGCCACCCCCCAAAAAACUGAAAGAAAGAGGCAAUGGACUGGCCAUUCUUGACCAGAUCAAACUGCAGGCUGGCCCGGUAUACUGUGGCAUGGACCGCGAAGUAGUAGACCCCGGGCACUUGGCAUGUGAACUUGCCGGUGGCGGCAUCAUAAUGUCCCUGCUCAUUCACCAGCACGCGGUCGAAGGGCAGGGGCGCAUCCGACUGCGGAGGCACCCGGCUCUCGGAGCGCUUGGCACUGAAGGCAGAGCGUGGGGGUACCGAGCAUUCUCCAGCAGGCCCAAUUGCCCCCACUGGUCCCGCCUCUCCGCGUGGCCCGGGUUCCCCACGGGGGCCUGGGAGUCCUGCAGGGGGGCAAGGAGAGCAGUUAGGGUGAAUGUAAUGGCAGGUCCCGGGUCCUCCUGCAGCAGAGUGGGAGGGUGGCGAGGGCAAGGACCCUCCCCCAGCCUCUCUGACGCGCCCAGCCGCCACUGCCUUGGUUGGUGCCUUCCUCUGCACCAGCGUCACCCCUUCGUCACCCCUUCGGGUCCCGCACAUCUGCCUGGGCGGUCAAAGAGGGUUCCAGCUGUUCUGCCUCCCGAGACUGUCUUCUCUCCCCAGUUUCCAGAGCCCAGCGGAACCGGAGGGGAGGGAGUGGCGCCCCCUGGUGAGCACCCGGAGCCCGCGGGCGCAAGG